GUGUCUGUAUUUUAUGACACGUUUUUUAAAGAAAGAUGCACAUUUUUUUAAUUUUGACGAUAUACAUGUUUUAAAUUUUGAAAAUGUCACUUUUUUUCUAAGUAAUUUUAUUCGCGUAUGGUGAAAAAUGUGGCGAUUCUUUCAUAAAACGCAACAGCAGCGCAAUCGCGAUCUGGACGCUCUUCGUCGGGAUAUCGACACGGACGUGCACAUUAAAUCGGCGGGGGAUUUAUUGCAAAAUUUACAGGUGGAUCAUAAACGGGGCUUAUCUACGAUCGUUGCGAAAAAUCGCCUACGAGAUCAAGGACCAAACGCACUGACUCCACCGAAGAGGACCUUGAAGAUUCAAAAGAUCUUGCAGCGAUGCUGCGGAGGAUUUUCCUUGCUAAUAUGGAUUGGUGCCAUUUUGUGCUUCGGUAACUACUUUUUGGAGUUGAAUACCUACGGUGAGGCUUCCGAGGAUCACCUCUGGCUCGGUGUGGUCCUGAUUGCGCUGAUCAUGAUCACCGGCGUGUUCAGUUAUUAUCAAGACUCCAAGAGCUCGCGUAUCAUGGAAUCGUUCCAGCAGAUGAUACCGCAACGCGCCAAGGUUCUGCGGGACGGCGAGAGAAAGGAGUUGCUGGCGAUCGAGCUGGUGGUCGGGGACAUCGUCCUGCUGGAGACCGGCGACCGGGUGCCCGCUGACAUUAGAAUCCUGGAAUGUCAAGGUUUGAAGGUCGAUAAUGCGCCGAUUACGGGCGAAUCGAUACCACUGAUACGAACGGCUAAUAUUCCGCAAACCGGAAAUGUUAUUCAAGCGAAGAACAUGGUAUUCUUUUCUACGAACGUUGUCGAAGGUAGCGGAAGAGGCGUCGUUGUGGCCUGUGGCGAUAACACGGUGAUGGGUAGAGUGGCCAAACUAACGUCGAGAUUGCCGACCCGACCUACGCCUCUCUCCAGGGAGAUACAUCGCUUCAUGAAACUCGUCUCGUGCUGGGCCAUCUUUCUGGGUGUCUCGUUCUUCGUCAUGUCCAUAGUGAUGGGCUACGGCUGGAUCGACUCGGUAGUGUUUCUGAUUGGCAUCAUCGUGGCGAACGUGCCGGAGGGUAUUAUCGCCACGAUGACGGUCAGCCUGACCUUGACCGCCAAGAGGAUGGCCAACAAGAAUUGCCUAGUGAAGAAUCUCGAGGCCGUCGAGACUCUGGGAUGCACCGCCGUUAUCUGCAGCGACAAGACCGGCACCCUCACGCAAAAUAAGAUGACCGUGCGACAUGUGUGGUACGACGGUCAGCUGCGCGAGGUGUUGGCGUCGGACACGUGGCGGAAAUAUGCCAACAAUCGAGGUUUCGAAAAUCUGGCCAGAGUAGCGAGUCUCUGCAAUCGCGCCGAGUGGGUACCGAUGCCCGAGGACAAGCCUCUGCUACCUUUACAUAAAAGACAGAUCCUGGGAGAUGCCUCGGAUGCGGCUUUACUGAGAUGUAUGGAGGUCCUCGUGAAGGGAGGAGCUGAUUUCUUCAGGAAGGACUAUAUCAAGAUAUUGGAGAUUCCCUUUAAUUCGACUGACAAAUUCCAAGCGAACGUGCAUCUAUUUCGCGGCAAGUAUCUCGUGUGUUUCAAGGGCGCUCCCGAACGUGUCCUCGAACGCUGUUCGAUGGUAGCGUUCGGUAACGAGACUAAGACUUUGAACGAGGAGACAAGGGCAGCGUACACAGAAUCCUGUUACAUCUUGGCGAACAACGGAGAACGCGUUCUCGGCUUUGCCGAUCUCGAACUCUCGACCGCCGCCUUCCCCGUGGGUUAUCACUUCGAGGCCGAUCCUCCAAAUUUUCCCCUCGAAAACUUGAGAUUGAUCGGGCUAAUAGCCAUGAUGGACCCGCCACGGCCAACUGUCCCCGAUGCCGUGUACAAGUGCCGUUGCGCCGGCAUCAAAGUCAUCAUGGUGACCGGUGAUCAUCCCGACACCGCUAAAGCGAUCGCCAAGUAUGUCGGCAUCAUUACCGACCACGAUGACCACGAUAAUAUCAACGGCAAUGCCAAGAAACAAGACAUUGUGGUGACGGGCGCACAGCUGCGAGAUUUGCUACCGGAGCAACUGGACCAACUGAUCAGGCAGUAUCGGGAGAUUGUGUUUGCCAGGACGUCGCCGGUGCAAAAACUGCAAAUCGUCGAGAGCUGCCAGCGGUUGCAUCUGAUUACCGCGGUUACCGGUGACGGUGUCAACGACUCGCCAGCCUUGAAGAAGGCCGACAUCGGUAUCUCUAUGGGCAUCACAGGAUCCGACGUGAGCAAGCAAGUGGCGGACUUAAUACUGCUGGACGACAAUUUCGCGUCGAUAGUGACGGGCAUCGAGGAGGGCCGACGGAUAUUCGACAAUCUCAAGUCGAGCAUCGCUUAUACUCUAGCGAGCAACGUGCCGGAGAUAACGCCUUUCUUAGCAUUCAUCGUUCUCGGGAUUCCUUUGCCGGUCGGUGUGAUUUGCAUCUUAUGUAUCGAUCUGGGAACGGACAUGUGGCCGGCGGUCUCCUUGGCUUACGAGAAGUCCGAGUCGGAUAUAAUGUUGAGAAAGCCCAGAAUACCCCAUAGCGAUCAUCUGGUCAGCCGGAAACUGAUUUUCAUGGCGUACGGUCAGAUCGGCAUGAUUGAGGCGUGCGCGGGUUUCUUCACGUAUUUCGUGGUGAUGGCGGAACACGGUUUUCUGCCUAAACGACUGUUAGGUCUAAGACCACAGUGGGACAGUCCGGCGGUGAAUGACCUGGAGGACAGUUAUGGACAGGAGUGGACCUACGAGCAGCGCAAGAUCCUCGAGCACACCUGCCACACCGCCUUCUUCGUCAGCAUCGUGAUCGCUCAAUUGGCGGAUGCGAUGGUCUGCAAAACCCGCCGCAACUCAUUACUGCGCCAGGGUAUGGGCAACUGGACCCUGAAUCUGGGCCUGCUCCUUGAAAUCGCCCUGGCUUGCGUGAUCUGCUACGCGCCCUACAUGGAUCGCAUCCUGAAGACGUAUCCCUUGAAGCCAGAGUGGUGGCUACUCGGUGUGCCGUACGCCAUCGUCAUAUUAAUUUACGAGGAGUUGCGGAAAUGGUGGAUUAGAAGAAAUCCAGGCGGCUGGUGGGACAGAGAGACUUCGUACUAGGUAACGAUACGCAAAAAACGAAAACUGGAAACAUCAAGGGAAGAAACUGGAAUUUCAUAUCCUUUUCUCGAUGUGUGGACUUUAGUGU